AUGAUCCCUGCAAGAAUCGCAACACGUUCUGGCAGCAGCCUUGUAGCUCGCCUACCCAGGCAAGCUGCCCGCAGCGCACGCGGCGCCCGUCAGAUACGCUUCCAGUCGACCUCACAAUCAUCAUCAUCAUCAUCAUCGACAAGCUCCACGGGUCAUGUAGUGGCCGGAGCUGUAGGCGGCCUGGUUGCCGCCGGCGCCCUCUACGGCGCCUAUUCAAUGAGCCCCACGGGCAGGAUGGCCAAGCAGAUCAACAAGACGGCCAAGGAUGCCGAGAGCAAGUACAACGAGGCGGCAGUCAAGCUUCGCGAGAAGGCACCUUCAUCAGCUGACGAGGCGAUCGAGUCGAUGAAGAAGCUAGCCCUGUCUUAUGCCGCCUUCAUCCCUGGCGCAAAGGGAUACGUGGAGGCCGCCUUUGCUGACGUCAAGAAGGUGCAAGAGAAUCAUGGCGAAGAGGUGGAUCGCAUCGUGCAGGAUGCAUACAAGAGAUUACAGGCGGCAUCCAAGUCGGGAUUCAGCAUGGAGACGGCGUCAAAAGCUUGGGAUAUACUCGCUGACGUGUCGGCCAAGAUGGCUCAGAUGGCGGGCGAUGCGGCCGGCGACGUGCUGGACAACCACCCGCAACUCAAGGAAAAGAUUGGUGGCAACGUAGACAAGCUCAAGAGCAUGAGCGAGCAGUACGGCCCAGAGGCUAAGAAGAUGGCUGAUGAGACGUGGACUCAGGUCAAGGACAUUGUGGCCGGCGGCUUGAGCGCCGAAAACAUCGCCAAGGCCAAGAACCUAGUCGACGACAAGGUUCAACAAGUGCAGAAGCUUGGUGACGAGGCGUGGAAGAAGGGCCUGGAGCAGGUCAAACCCCUGCUUGAGAAGAACCCCAAGAUCAAGGAGCUUGUCGAGAACAACGCAGAUGCAUUGAAGAAAGGAAACGUUACGGAACUGAUUAGCAAAGCCAAGUCUGCUGUCGACUCGGGUGACGCUGGAGACCUGGAGAAGUAUGUCAAGCAGGCCGUCGAGAAGGCUCAGUCAAUGGCGGGUAGCGGCAAGGAUUUCAUCGGCGGCAGCCUCGAGCAAUACCUAGGGAAAAUUCCCAACGGUCCCGAGACACUGGCAAAGUUGCAGCAGCUUGGGGAGGUUGCAUCUAAGCAUAAGGACGAGGGUGAAAAGCUUCUGAAGGAAACCAUCGAGGAGCUGAAGCAGGUGUUGGAGAAGAAGGCGGAACAGGCGGAACAGAUCAAGAAUAAGGCUCAGGAUGAUGCUAAAAAGGCCAAUUAA